AUGGUCGGCGCUGGUUUUGCGUUUCUCAUAUUCCUUUGGUACUCCAACUUUCACGCUAAAGCCCUGAAGGCCAACAAAACCUGGGCAACAGUAGAGGAAUAUCGCCGCUUGCCUCUUGCUGGAGGCGGCGCUCCCAACAUAGUAAUUUCUUUAUUUUGGCUCGGAUGGACCGCUCGCGACUCAGUGCAUCCCAUUGUCCCCAUGCUCGCCGGGUUCUGGUUCGGUGUUGGAUAUCUACUCAUCUUCAUUGCGAUGCUGAACUACCUCACCGACGCCUACAAACAGAGCUCUGCUUCCGCGCAGGCUGCCGCCAGUACCAUCCGCUCUAUCACUGCCGUCUGCUUGCCCUUGGCUACGAAACCCAUGUACACGAAGCUGGGUAUUCACUGGGCUAGUUCUUUGCUUGGUUUUGUGGCUCUUGGGAUGGCAUUCAUUCCCUUUUGCUUUAUUCGAUACGGGGCGUUGAUGCGGAAGCACAGUCAAUUCUGCAGCAUGAUACAAGCGGAGUAUGACGGUAGGCCUCUAUAA